UAACGAUCUUAUAAACAAAUUAUACAAAUGUAUAAGAAAUUAUUUUUUAUGAUUUUAAAUCGCAGCGAUUAUUAGGAUAAAAUGGCGGAAAAAAAGAAUGAAUAUCCCCCUAGUGUGGAGGCUUACAGACGCCUUCUACAGUUCAACACAUGGGAGGAUUACUUAGAUUCCCUCAUUGAAAUAUCUGACCUGCGAAAUCUCAGGAGCAUUGUUCCAGCCCGGACUAUUGCAGCAUUCGGAUAUAGAGCAAAUGGAGACACAUUGACUGAAAAAGAGUUUUACACACGACGAAGCCUCAUACACAGUAUCGUGUUCCCAGUUACAAAGCCCUACGUGCUUGUGAGUGAAGGUGCAGACCUAGAUGACCAAUUUAACAGAGAGUUGGCUGUCAGAGAGAGAGCUAAUAGAGUGGGAAUAUUACAGUCGAUAAUUUUCAUUCGUAACUUCACUAAAGGCGGUUUUGAAAUAUCCGGCUAUAUCGACUAUGCACACCGGCUUAUCACAGAGAACUGGGCGCAGUUUUUUAAAGGCAAUAAAACUCUAUGGCCGAGGGACAGUGAUUUGGGUUAUUACCAUUGGAGACAUGGAACAGUUAGAAGUAACAUUAGCCGGAAUUAUAAGCCGGUUAUGGAUCCAGAUCGGGGAUUGUUAUUCCAAAACCGUCACGACCACAAAAUAGUCUGCCCUGACCCACAACAAGACCCAGGACAGAAUACAACGAAACAACGGAUAUACUCUCCCAGAUAUUCACAAAUCGAAAUUUACGAUCACAUUGUGAGAAGAAAAAGCUAAAAGUCAUUAUUUGUCUGCUCAGCUUCAGAAGCCUGAUUCUGGAAUAAAGGAAGCAUUUGUUUUAAUAAUGGAUAUAAUAUAUAAAGUUGUGAAAACAUUCCUUUCUGACAAAUAUUGCUGCUCUAAUUCCACUAGCUUUUAAUGUAUAUAAAUAUUUUUGAGAAUCUUUUUAAUGUCAAAUCGAAAUAAUAAACUAUUAUUUGUAAACUUA